AUGACUGAGGCUAGUGAAAAACCACGUCUCUGCCGAUAUCCAGUCACCGAAAACCCCGAAACGAUCUGGAAGACUGUUGAGACUGACGGCGCCGUCAUUGUCGAGGGAUGGCUUCCUGUGGAGGUCGUCCAAAAAUUUAACCAGGAUCUCGACGUUCGCUCCGCGACGACGAAAUCAGGCUCCAUGAACGAGGAAUUCUACAAGAUGCCUCUUCCAGAGACCACGAAAUGGAUGAAUGACCUUCCUGCAACGUGCAAGACCUUCCGCCAUGACAUAUUAAACAACCCCAUCCUGCAUGAAGUCUGCAAAGUUGCAUUCAAGGAACACGGCGACUACUGGUUGCUCAAUGGAAUGGCCAUGGAAAUGGCUCCUGGGAAUCCAGUUCAACAAUUGCAUCGCGAUCAGGGAACACACCCUAUUCUCCAGUACAUCGACUCGUACGCGCCAGUUCCCGCUAUCAGUAUAAUUACCGCUUUGACUGAGUUCACCGAGAACAACGGCGCCACGCGUGUCUUCCCCGGCAGCCACCGGUGGCCGAAAAUCGGCAACCCAGCCGAUGAGCUGGCAGUACGAGCGGUGAUGAAGCCUGGAGAUGCUCUAAUCAUGUUCAAGGGAACAGUUCAUGCAGGGUGCCCACAUGACGAGGGCAACCCUGAGCACCGCCGACUCCUCCUAAUGGGGAUGGGAACUUGCCAGCUCACACCUUACGAGACGCAUAUGACAAUGGAGCGUCGUAUUGUUGAAAGUAUGACGCCCCUGGCUCAAAAAAUGAUCGGCUGGAGAAGCGUUCGGCCCGUUAUUUCCAACGUUACGGGGUUGAUGACCGUGCGUAUGCGCCAUCUUGAGACCCAGAUCGGCCUCAAAUCGGAAGUUCCAUUGGAAGAAUGA